AAAAGUUUGAGCAGUUAUGAUUCUUAUGUUUUUCAAGAAAUAGGGUUGAAUGCCAGAAAGCUGAUCUAUUGUUUUUCUUAGUUGAACUCCUUAAACUUGUCAUUUGGUAGGUUUUUUUUUUUAAAGUAGUGCUUUUGAAAUUGUGUAUUUUUAGCAGCUUUUUUAGAUGCUAUGUGGUAUUUCAGAGUUGGUUUUAAAUACGUGCUGGCAAGCCAGGGCGAUAUAAAGCACUGCCCACACACAUAACUUAGUUAUGUGGCUGUGACAAGGCUUUUGAUUUAAAAAAAAAUUUAAGCAAACCAUACUGUAGGUGAACCUUCUAGGAAAGGGACUCAGUGAAAGACCCUGAGGUGUACUCUAAGUAUAUGUGCACUGAGAAACUUGGGAGAGUUCUGUCUAGAAGUGUGGCUCUUAAUUCCCAAGUAGAAACUCAGGCUUCUGGAAAGGGGGGAGAUUGGCAUCACCCCUGCUCCCCCCUCCACACCCCCAAAAACUCCAGGCAAUUAUUCAGUAUUGUGUGCAAGCCUUUCAGCUGCCUGACACUGUUUGUGUAGCAUGUAUUGAGGAAGUUCUGCCUUCCUUUCGGAAGGUACCUGCUUAACAGCUACCUUAGGAAAGUCUGAACAAACUUACUCUAAAUAGCUCUUUGAGUGUUUAGUGAAAGUCAGCUGACUCUUCUCUCCUCUCAGGAUAAACAGACUGUUAAAGAAUUGAGAACGAUAUAGGCUUGGUAUUGGCAUACUGAUGUAUAAAAUGUGGCAUAUGAACAUCUGCCAGCCUUUUAGUUGCUGAGUUAGCUUGUGAAAUACCAGGGAAUAGCUCGCUGGCUCCUCACAUGGGUAUAUUCUAAAAUCUGAAUAGUCCGUUACAAAAUGCUGUACACCUGAGCUGUGCUGCUCACUUUUAACCUGUUUUAAAUUAAAAAGUUUUGCUCUUGUUCCUGAGUGGGAAAGCUGUGCCAGUACACACGCACUGGCAUUUGAAGAUCCUUCCCAUAUACCAAUAGGGCGUGCUAGUUUUGAAAGCACUCGAAAGGGAGGAGAGAUGAUGACCAAAGGAAAGACAGAACAUGAUGUAAACUGAUUAAUAAGGAUGUCGAAAAGGAUUGGUGUUUGCUUAGUAAUGAGGUGUGCGGGUAACCUCCCCAAGGUGUUCCUCUGUCUGCAGGAAGUCACAGGGAGGAGACUCCAGCACAGUCUUUGGAGAUCAGAAGGGAACCGCAGAGUGCUGACUGCGGGGAGAACAGCAGGAGCGUCAUAGGCUCUCUGCGGCUGAGGGGUUUGAAAACAGCCUGCAAGCCUGCCGAGCAGAGGAGUUGCUGGAGACCGCUCUGGGAGCGCAUCUGACCGCUGCUGCCACAGGGCCCCUGCCAGCCUGACAAAAUGUACUGCCUUCAGUGGUUGCUACCUGUCCUCCUCAUACCCAAGCCCCUCAACCCAGCCUUGUGGUUCAGUCACUCAAUGUUUAUGGGCUUCUACCUGCUCAGUUUCCUCCUGGAACGGAAGCCUUGCACAAUUUGUGCCUUGGUCUUCCUGGCAGCCUUAUUCCUCAUCUGCUACAGCUGCUGGGGGAACUGCUUCUUGUAUCACUGCACAGGAUCCCAGUUGCCGGAAUCAGCUCAUGAUCCCAGCAUAGUGGGCACCUAAAAACCAAUAAUCUUCCAGUCUGCUGACAGCUCUGAUUUUGCUUUUAAAAGAAGGGGGGGCUAGGGAGGAGGGAGGGGGUGUUAGGCAUGUGACUGGAGUACAAACAGCCUCUUUCCUGUAACAUAUGUGUGGACUAGGAUGGUAAAUUCCUGACCAGCCCUCCCACUCUGCCUGUGAAAUUCGACUUGUUUACUGUGUGAACUCUGGCACUGCCACCUGCUUUUUUUUUUUUUCCUCUAGAAAAAGAAAUCUUUUUUUUUCCUUCCCAUAUCAUUGGGAAUGGACACCAGCCCUCCUAACUGAGAACUGGUGGAGGAAAGCUGUUGCCUCUGUCCAACUGUUGCAUGGUGGUGGAGUUCUGUGUCACUCACUGAUCUGCGUUAGGCCAUGGUGGUCUAACUUAGGGCUCUCAGCCCUCCGAUUCUGCUCAAAUAUACAAGAUUCUCUCCAUCUUUCUGUUUGCGGGAAGCCAGCCUUCCCACCUUCCUGAUCAAGGGAAAGCUCAUCCGCUAACAGAUGCACUUGUCCAAAAGCUGCUGGAGCCAGAGGCAGUUGAGUCAUCUCCUCCUGCUCAUCCUGCCAAAGAGAGAUGCGUGCACUGCCCAAGUGCAUUCUGAACUACUUAUGCUCCAAGAUCGUAGCCUGAAAACCUCAGUUAUGCUGCUGCUUUUACAAAGACUCACAUGCAGUGGAGACUGCCUCUUCCCCUCCUAGAUUUCUAGGCUUUACUGAGGUAUUGACUGUUGGGAUAAAGAACGGUUAUGGUGCAAGAUGCAGGGUUUUCAAAGCCACUCUAUAAACCUCACCCCAUAAAAUUCAUGCUAGCUCAAAAGGCUAGGUGUGGGCAGGGCAAGAGAGGAGCCUGAGGUGGAGCAUGGCUCGAAGUAGUGAAUGACUUCAGCCAUUGUCAGUGACAGCCUUUGCAGGCCAUGGGUGACAGAAGUUUCUGGUACUACAGAAGGGAGAAGGGAAGAGGCUAGAAGCGCCCGGUGUCUCCUUUUGCCCCUGGCAGAAGGAUGUCAGGAAGCCUGGGUGAUGGGGGUUAGAUCUUACGUGGCCGCUGCUGUGCAGAGUUCCUCACUGCACGCGUCACUUCAGUCUCAUAGUGGAGAGCAGCAGCAAUGGCUGUUGUUGUCCUGAGAAAGUUUAAGCUAUGAGAUUGUGAAACUUCCAGAGUAUUGUUUGUUCAUUGCACAGCUGUUCAAAAUGUUUAAUAAAGCUUUAUAAACUUUGG